AAAUAUAAUUCGAAAUUAAGUAAUUUUGACUUAAUUUUCGGAAGUGAAAUUCAAAUAUUUAUUUCUUCUAUUGAAUGAUGCAAACAUAGUGAAAAUUAGUUUGUGUAGUUUUGUAUAAUUUUCCUCAUUUGCAUGUGCUUCAGUAAUAAGAUCGAUGAUCGAUAAUAAGAUUGAUAAAAUUUAGCAAUAACUCAAAUAACAUGACUAAUAUCAAACUCAAAGAUUUUAAAAAUGAUUCAAAUCUCAAAACUUCAACAUAUUCAACAUCACCAAUUUUCAUAACAUCUCAUAUAUCGAAUGAUGAAGCAGAUAAUAUUGAUUAUCAUUUUGAAGAAGCAAGACUUCAAAGUUUUAAAAAUUGGCCCGUAUCAUAUAUAAAACCUGAAAAACUUGCAGCUGCUGGAUUUUAUUAUACGGGUGAAUGUGAUAAAGUUAGAUGUUUUGAAUGUCAAGUUGAGAUAUGUCAAUGGGUACAAGGUGAUAUUCCAAUGGUUGAUCAUCAGAGAUGGUCAGCAAGAUGUAGAUUUAUUUGUAAAAUAAAUUGUGGUAAUGUACCAAUUGGAAUAGAUUCUAAUACAAUUGUACAACCAAGAAGUUCUAAUGAUUUAGAACAUCGGCUUACAUCUGGUGUUGAUAAUUAUAAUUUUUCAACUGAAUUACAAUUACCAAGCAUUGCUAAACCUAAUUGUUUAAACUUGAAAGAGCCUAAAAAACCUGUACAUCCUGAAUAUGCUAGUUAUGAUGCAAGGUUGAAUACAUUUUCAACAUGGCCAAAAUUUAUGCUACAAACAAAAGAACAAUUAGCAGAUGCAGGUUUUUAUUAUACAGGAAAAGGUGAUCAAACUAUAUGUUAUUAUUGUGGAUGUGGUUUAAAAGAUUGGGAACGAGAAGAUAAUCCUUGGGAACAACAUGCAAAAUGGUUUUCUAAAUGUUAUUAUUUAUUAAUGAUUAAAGGACAAGAUUAUGUGAAUAAAGUAACAGGCCGACAUAUAUCUUCACCUUCUGUACAAGAAACAAUAUCAAGAUGUACAGAUAGCAAUUCAGAAUUAGGUUAUCAAAAUAAUAGUGUAGAGACUAAUGUAAGCAGUAUAGAAUCUAUAAGGGAGAAUGCAGAAAAUUUAUCAAAUAUAAAAGUACAAAAUAAUAAAUCGACAGAUGAUGCAAAGAUAUGUAAAAUUUGUUACAAUGAAGAAUUAGAAGUAAUAUUUUUACCAUGUGGACAUGUGAUCGCUUGUGUAAAAUGUGCUUAUGAUAUGAAAUCUUGCGCAAUGUGCAGAAAACUUGUUACAAAGACUGUACGGGUUUUUUUCUCGUAGUAUUCUAUAUAUACAUUAAUAGUAUUUUAACAAUUAUAGAUAAAAAAUCAUUGCAGUAUAUUUAUUAUGAUUCUUUUAAUUAUUUGUAACAAAUCAUUUUAAUAUGAAAGAUUUAUAAUCCGUCCAACAAAUCAAUUCAGUAUUAAACAAAACAUUCAGAAUCUAAAAUAUGUGAUAUAUGUAAUGAUUUCAAUUUAGUUAUUUGCAUUCAAUUAUUGACUGGGAUAGCAAUAUUGCUAUGGACAUAUAGAAAAAUAUGUUUUAUUAUAGAUUCACAGCUUUAGUUAACUAUUGAUAAGAAAAAUCUUUAAUAUUAAAGUAAAAAACUAUUAAUUAUUUAAGGUAUAUUUCAUAUUUUUAUUUAUUGAAUUAUUAAAGUUAGUUUUUAAAAUAUCUAGAAAUACUUUUUAUUAAAACAUUUAAAAUAUUUUUUAUCACAGUUUUGAAUGUGAUAUUAAAAUACAUGUAAAUACAUGUAGCAUAUAUUAAGAAUUUAAAAUCCAUUUUUUUGAUAAAUGUGUAUAUUGAUGCAUUUUAAUAUUAAAAAUAUUAUGAUUUUGAAAAAAAAAUGAUGAAAAUGACAUGCCGCAUGUUUAUAUGUCUAUGUUGUAAUAUAUAGAAUAAGUACAGACAAAAGAACAAAUAUUGGAAGAAUGACAAAAAUUAUAAAGAAUGAGAUAAAAAUUAGAGAAUUAUCUCUGGAAUAAUAUAAAUGAAAUGAGAAAAUCAAGUAGUACAAAAAAAAAAUAGAGAUAGAAUUAUAAUUGGCAUCAUUCUUUAAAUGCUAAAACAUUAAAAACAAAAUAUCUUUAGCAUUCAAAAGAUGGCAUAAAAAAUCGAUUUUUAUCUUUAUCCUUUUUUUAUAAUUUAUUUUUUUAUUUAUAGUAAUUUCAUCUACAGUACUUUAAAACACUGAUUCCAUAAUUUUUAUUUCUAUUCUUGUCACAAUUUAUUGUCUUCAUCUAUAUUUGUUUAUUAAAAUAAUAUAAAAAUUUGUAUAUAUAUAUUUGUAUAUAUAUUGUAUAAUAUACUUGUAAUAAAAAUAUAUUGAUAUAUUUGCGUAUCAAAAACUACAUGUAAAA